AUGGCCACCAGCCCGGAAGAGAAGAAGGUCUUCGAUGAGAUCAACAGCGACGAUGAUGUGCUCGCACAGCUGGGGUAUACCCAAGAGCUCAAGCGCAGUUUCAGUCUACUUGGGAUGGUUGGCUUCUCGUUCAGUAUUGUUACUUCGUGGACUGCACUUUCCGGUGUCCUCAUUAUUGGUGUUGAGAGUGGAGGUCCACCGGUCAUGAUAUGGGGCUGGCUAUGUGUCUGCCUAGUCACACUUGCAGUCGCCUAUUCAAUGGCUGAGAUGUGUAGCGCGUAUCCUGUUGCUGGGGGACAAUACUCAUGGGUGGCUAUACUAGCUCCAACGCGCUGGGCUCGUUCAAUGAGCUAUCUAUGUGGAUGGUUCAUGCUCAUUGGCAUAAUAUGCAUGGGCGCAGUCAACAAUUUUGUCGCUACAAACUUCAUCUUGGGUGUCGCUCAGCUCAACUAUGGCUUUACGAUAGAACGCUGGCACACGGUCCUUGUCGCCUACCUCAUCACUUUCGUCGCGGCGGCGUCGAACAUUUAUCUGCCCCACAUUCUCAACAAACUUUCGAAAGCGAUCUUCGUCUGGAACCUUACGUCUUUCGUAGUCUGUCUUAUCACCAUCCUAGUUACAAACGACCAUAAGCAAUCAGCAAGCUACGUAUUCAGCGACUUCCAGAACUUUACUGGAUGGAAUGCGCCAUAUGCUACAUGCUUAGGUUUACUCCAGUCCGCAUUCGGAAUGUGUUGUUACGAUGCGCCUUCGCAUAUGACCGAGGAAAUCAAGAACGCCCGGAAACAAGCGCCUCGGGCGAUAGUCAUGUCGGUUUAUAUUGGAUUUUUUACAGGUUUUGUCUGGCUGGUUGCAUUGUGCUUUUGCAUUGGCGAUCUCGAAGCAACGGGUGCUACUGCGACUGGAGUACCUGUCAUUGAAAUCAUCUUCAACAGCACUUCGAGCGUGGCAGGAACAUCUACACUGGCGUCUAUGAUCGCCAUCAUUGCUACUGUAUGCGCCAACUCGCUGAUGGCAGAAGGAUCGAGAGCUGUUUAUGCGUUUGCACGAGACAACGGACUUCCCUUCUCUGACAUACUGAGCAAGAUUUCGACAAGAUCGGUGCCCGUAUAUGCCAUACUCUUGACGGCCAUUAUACAAAUGGCGUUCAACUCAAUCUACUUUGGUACAACGACCGGCUUCAAUACCAUCAUCGCCAUCGCCACGCAAGGAUUUUAUCUAUCCUACUUGAUGCCCCUCCUCUCUCGCAUCCUCGCCCACUUCUCCGGAAAAAAGACUCGUCUCGAAGGCCCCUACUCUCUUGGCCGUUGGGGUAUCGUGCUCAACAUUAUCGGUUUCUUGUACUUGGCAUUCAUCUGUGUCGUGUCCAACCUGCCCAGUGUCACACCUGUGACGAGCGAGAACAUGAACUAUACUUCUGCGGCGACGGGGGUGGUCAUGUUGAUCAGCUUGAUUUUCUGGAUCAUGACAGGGAGAAAGAAGUUUACUGGACCCGACGAUGGGACAUUGCUGAGCGUGGAUGGGCAUGUUGCUUAG